AUGAACCUUGCCGUCGUUGUCGUUCGAUGCCGUCGAGGUAUUCUGAAUAUGAUGUUGGUGUUGAUGUUGUCGAUUCUGAUCCUGAAGGCGUCAGCUGCUGGAGACUCCUAUGAGCUCAACAAUGCGGUUAUUGGUGAUAUUGUGAGGACAAUGGAAAAUAAGAAUACGGUACAAGAGGUCAUUCUGACAGAUGACCAAAUUUUGGAAAUGUAUCCAAAUUUGAAUUUGACGCUAACGAAAAAGCCGCCCGUCUCAAUCAUGAGUGGCAAGAUCCCCGAUCAUUUGAUUAAGAAAAUGGCUGACUACAUAUUCGGUCUACUACAAGGCACUGGAGAAGUCAUCAAACCAACGACUACAACGACUACAACAACAACGCCAUCCACCACCACCACCACCACGUCUUCUGCCACAUCCACGUCAUCAGCUUCCACUCCAGCUGGAACUCCAGCAGAAUUUCUACCAUUUCGCUCAAACGAUCUCGCUGUAAUUCGUGACGCUCCUAAAACAGCAGAUUUCCCCAGUUUUUUGACCCAGAUCCGAAGAAAGCCCAUCCGAAAAAUGAGUGGAGUUUCGAGGAGAAAGAGCGAAAAGUUGUGGAGAAAAACGAGGAUGGUGAAGACGUUGGGAAGGGCUUAA